AUGCCAAAUCAAAAAAAGGAUCAGAAUAAGCGCACUCGUGCAUAUGUAGAGGAAGUUUUUCGUCAAAUUGGAGAAAAACCAGAUGUAACCGACAUAAUGAUUCUUAACAAUAACGGAAAUCCGGUUAAAACGACUAUGGAACAAGGGUUAGCCAUACAGUAUGCUGGUCUUUACGAAAUAUUGCGUGAUAAAGUUUGUAUGGGAUUGCAGAAGAUUGAUUCGCGCAAUGACUUAAUUAUGCUUAGAUUAAGAACUACAAAAAAUGAAACGUUGAUAGUACCCGAUGGUAAAAUAACUAUAGUGGUCACACAAAAUGCCAAAGAUCGUUUUCAAAAUGCUUAACUAUCUAUGCUGUUGUUUAAUAAGACUUUUUUUAGAUGUUAUAAAUGUAAUUUACUUGCCAAUUUUUUUAUUAAUAAAAUAUGCA